GUUAUUGUGUUGUUUUAUGCGUUGGUGUAAAAUUUAAAAUAUUAUGUGUCGGCAAUUUUAAGUUGAAUUCUACAUUAAUUUCGAUGAACAACAAGAAUUCCGAGUGUAGGAUUAAAACUGUACGUUUCAUUCUUCUUUAAAAUUAAUGUGUUUUGGUAUUGAUAAAAAAGUGAUUACGUCUUGUGUAGUGAUAACGUCAAGCUCAGCUGGUUCUCCGCGAGCGGUAAAAUUUUGCGACUUUCUUAGUUAUGGAUAGCAUAUUUUUUGCUCUAUUUCUUCACUAAGUGUCGCCAAUGAAAGAAUGAAUGAGAGAAAUGAAUCAGCCAUGGAAGGUGCUGCCGAGCCAUCAUCAACAUCAGAUACAGCAUCAACCAUCAGCACUGCAGCAUCAACAUUAUCAAGACCAACAGCAUUUGCAAAGCCCUCUGGUCUGAAACAACCAUCUAAAAUUGGAAGGCUAUGUUCAAAUAGUGCUCCAAAACCAGCCGUCCCCAUCUCACCACGAACUGACGGCAGUUCGUCCGACGCAAGGAAAUCGAGCGACGAUUCUUCUAGAAAACAUUUAUCAGAUUUGAUCGAAGUAGAGGAAGACGAAGUGACGAGCAGUCUGCCGGACAGACCCCGUACAUAUCGAAAGGCAUCUACUAGUAGCAGGUCAAGCGUUACAUCGAUGGAUGCCUUGUGGGAGAAGCACCCUCGUCGACUCAGCGAGGCCGGUCUGCGAAGGUCUUCAGAUCACAGCGUUGUUUUAACUGAGGAUACCGACAGUUUCAUCAUUGGGGAACGUGUCUGGGUCGGAGGAACGAAACCAGGUCAAAUAGCGUACAUUGGGGAGACGCAGUUUGCUCCCGGUGAUUGGGCUGGCAUUGUACUCGACGAAGCUAUCGGUAAAAAUGACGGUUCCGUUGCGGGCGUUCGCUAUUUCCAGUGUCCAGAGAAACGAGGAGUGUUUUCUCGUCUCACGCGCCUGACUCGAGAAUCUCUUGUAUUUCAUUCGCCUCAUGAUGCAUCGCCAGUAUCUGAUGCCGGUAGCGUUUUUGAACGUCCGCCAUCCGGUCUCGCCCGGCCAAAACGCACGCUUUCGCCCAAUGGCAGUAUCAGAAGCAUUGUCAGCAGUAAAAUGAACGCUUCAAUAUCAACAACAACAAAUGUUGACCUGAGGCUUGGUGAUCGUGUAAUCGUCUCAAGUAGCCGUGGAAGCAAAGCGGGAACUUUAAGAUAUGUUGGAGUCACUGAUUUUGCAACAGGAGUAUGGGCCGGGGUGGAACUCGACGAUCCGAUUGGAAAGAAUGAUGGAUCAGUUGAUGGCAAAAGAUACUUCGAGUGUGCCCAUCGUUUCGGCCUUUUCGCUCCCAUAUCCAAAGUAUCUCGGUCUCCAUCAAACCGCAAACCAGGCGCCUGCGCCAUUCACAGCAACGGGCGGGCUACUCCGAUGCGGCGAUCUAACUCUCGCGAGUCCCUCACGUCUCUGGGCACGUCGAUCGCGUCCUCCCGCGCAGGGGUGAGACUCGGGGUGACGUCGCUGGGUUCUCAGCGUGUCGGCGCUCCUCGAGCUUCUUCCACCCCGGUCACCGCUAAGAACGCCCUGCAGGAGCUGCUGCGUGAGAAGCAACAUCAUCUGGAGCGACUGAUGCGUGAAAGAGAGUUGGAAAGAUCUGAAAUAGCUAAAGUAUCACUACAAGCAGACCGUGCUGAGACUAUCCUGGCGCAGGUGAAGAAGGAGGCGUCAGAGGCAAACAGUGAAAAUGUCAAACUCAAAGCAGAACUUGAAAAACUUAACAAAUUAUUGGAGGACGAAAAGCAAAAAGUCGAGGAUCUUAUGUUUAGGAAUGAGGAAGAAAAUAUUAAUAAAGAGGAUUAUAAUAAAUAUAAAGAAGCUAUGGAAAAAGAAAAAUUGGAUCGCGAGAAGCAGAUACGUGAACUGGAGAUAGAAGUUGCGCUGCAGAUAGCACGAGCUGAUACCACUGCCUGUACUCUUCGAGACUUGGAAGAGCAGAGGAACAUUGAAAUGGCUGCGAUAUCCGAACAGCAUAAAGAAGAAUUAUUAGCUGCUCAAACUUUAUCAGGUGAAUUGCAGAAACUAUUAGAUGAGGCCUAUGCUCUUCUAAAGGAGAAAGAAAGUGAAAAGGAUUCAUUGGGUAAAAGUUUGACAGAAGAAUUAACAAGAGUUAAGUUGGAGUCCGAAAAGACUUUGACUGAAUCAAAGACUAAGAUGGCAAUUGCUCAAUCGGAGUUUGAAACUCAGCUUUCAGUUUUAACGUCGAAGUUGCAGCUAAUGGAAACAAAGUUGGAGACUGAACAUCAAAAUGUAGAAAGACUAAAUAGAGAUAAUAGCCAAAUUGUACAUGACUUAAAAAGUAAAUUAACGCAACUACAGGCAGCUCUCGAUGAUAAAAGUAUAGAAUUAAGUAAAGUUUUAGGUAGCAGUAAAGAACACGAAGUAAAUUUAAAUAAGGAAAUCACCAAGUUGAAAAUGGAAUUAAGUGCCAAGGUUUUAGAUAUUGAACAGAUGCAAGAUUUGAAGAGGAAGCAAGAAGAGCAAAACAAAAAUCUGCUAGAAGAAAUUGAUAUGAUUAAGAAAGAAUUUAACGAAAAGAUUGCUGAGUAUGAGAGUGUUCUAAAUGAGGCUUCACAGAAAGAAGAGAAUAAUAAACUCGAAAUAAUUCAACUUCAACAAGAACUUAAUUCGAAAAUAAAAGAAUAUGAAAAGUUGUCCAGUGAUUUCACCAAAAGAAAUGCUUGCGAUGAAAAGCUAAUAACCGAAUAUAAGGACACAAUCCACGAGAGGGAUAAGGAAAUCGUAAAACUUAAAGGCGACUAUGAAGAAGCAACUGCAGAUUUUAAUAUAAAACAAAGCAAAAUUGCCGAAGAACACAAAAAAGAAAUCGAAGAACGCAAUUUAAAAAUUGAACAAUUAAUUAAAGAGAUGGAAAGUCAUAAACAACAGCUAGACCUAAAAAAUAUAGAAUUAGAUUCCUUAAAUUCACAAUUUACCAUUAAUAGCGGUGAACUCAAUGCAUUAAGGGAAGAAAAUGUCAAAUUGAAAGCAGCAAUAAAUGAAUUAACGGAAAUAAAUUCAACAUUGAAAACCAAUCUAUCUAAAAUGGAACUUGAUAUCGGUGAAUUAAGCCGUAAUUUGAACAGUGCGAAAGAAAAAUGUAUUGAGCUAGAAAAAUCAAAAGAAAAAAUAGAAAAUGAAUACUUAAAUCUUACGGGACAGACCUCUGACUCUAAUGACCAAUUUAACAAGCUUACACAACACUUAAAAGACACUGAAAAAGAAUUGCAAGACCUUAAAGACAAGAAUAGAGAAUUAAUAAACCAACAUGGUCGAAUAGAACAAGAACUGAAACAAAAACUAUUCAUACUACAAGAAGAUUUCUCGGUUGAGCGAACUCAGCUUGUGAGUUCAGUAGAUGAAGCAAUGAACAAACACAAAAAUGCCCUAGAAAAAGUUGAAGAACUCGAAACACGCAUACUAGAAGUCAAUAAUCGCCUUAAAGAACUUGAAUCCAGCAACGACAAGUUAAUGGAUGAAAAUACUAUUUUGAAACAGAAUAUUGAGAGUCUGAAAGUUAAAGAGCAAGAAUUAAAUAAUGAAUUCAAUGCAUCCCGAAAAAAGUUAGAAAUAGAAAUCGAUAAGUAUAAAGAUGAAAUAAUGACACUAAAUGAUAAAGGCGUUACGUCAGAAGUAAAAUUAAUGGAAAAAGUUGAUCAGCUCACAGAGGCACAAAAUUCUCUCAAUAAUAAAUUAGAGGAAGCGAGAAAAAGUGAAGAUUCUUUACAGAAAAUAUUAGAUGACAUGACAUCUCAGCUAGAAAACCAAAAGUUACAACACGGAAAAGAAUUAAAUCAAAUACAAGCUCAGUUAUCUAGCUUAAAUGAACAGUCAGAUAAACUGAGAAACGAAGAAGGAUGCUUAAAAAAAAUUGUUGAAGACAAAGAAAACAAUAUUCGGGAUCUUGUACUUAAAUUAGAAAUGCUCGAAAUUGAUUUUAAAUCAAGUGAAGAAAUUGUUGCAGAAAAGGAGCGCCAGAUAUCGCAGAUUAAUGAUAAUAUGACAAAUGUAACAGAGAGUAGAAAUAAAAUGGAAGAACAACUUAACAAAGUUUUAGCUGAUUCCUCUGAGCUCCAGCAAAAAUAUGACAACCUGAUAAAGAACUCAUCAACUGAAGAAACGUUUUUAAGAGAACAAAUUGCUCAACUUGAUAAUUUGAAGUUGGAAAUGGUGACACUAUCAACAGAAAAAGAAUUCUUCCAAACAAAAAGCGAUGAAAUAUCAUUAGAACUUACAAAACUUAAAGAAGAAUUUGAACUGACAAAGAAACAAUUAGAAGAAACGAUACAGGAUAAUAAUAAAUCAAAUAAAAUCAUAAAUGAAAAAGAAUUAUUACUGAAAUCACAAGGAGAAAUUAUUGAAAAAGGCUUAGUAAAAAUAAAUCUUUUAGAGGAUGAAAUAAACAAAUACAAACAUGAAAUGGCUGACAAAGAUAAAAUAAUUCAAGAAAAUCAGACAGUGAUAAACAAUUUAAAUGAAAUAAUUAAAAAAGGAUCCGAUAGUACCUUAGAAUCAAUACAUUUAUUGCAACAAGAAAAUAGCGAAUUAAAGAAAAAGUACGAAAAUGAAAAUGAAUCUCUUAAUAAAGCAAUAAAAGUAUUUGAAAAUAAAUUAGCCGAACACGAAAUACAAGCACAGGAACUAUUAUCCUCUAAGGAAAAAAUCACAGCAUUGCAAAAUAUGAUUUCGAAAUCGGAAUCUGACAUCAAACAAUUAACCAAUAUUAAUGAAGCCCAGAAAAUUAAUUACGAUGACCUUAACAAGCAACUUCAAAGUCAAUUUGAUGAAUAUAAAAGGGAAAGUAAGGCGCUUAAGCACGAACUUAAAGCUAAAAUAGUUGAUUAUGAAAAACAAUUACAUGAAUCUAGAGAAAACUUAAGCAAAGAAAUGGAAAAUCAAAAGGUUCUUCGAGGGAAGCUUGCCGACGCCGAAAGAAAUAUAACACAACUAACGCAAAAAAUUGAAUUAUUGAUUGUACAGCAAACUAAUGUUGGAGACAAAGAUGAAAGACUAGAACAGUUAACAUUAGAAAACCAGUCAUUAAGGAAUUCAAGCGCCGAAUCCUUGAGAAAUAUGGAAAAAUCUUUAAGUGAUAUUAAAUUUGAAGUAGAACAAAAAAUAACUCAGAUUAAAGAAAAAGACCGAUUAAUUUCUAAGCUACAAGACGAUCUAAGGAAUAAUUUGGCAAAACUUGAAGUAGCUGAAAGAGAGAAAAUACAUUUGCAAAAAGAAAUUUCGAAACGAAGCAACGAAGUCCGAGACAAAAACGAUAACAACUCAAUGGGCACCAUGGGUCAAGGCGAUAAUGCUCCUCAAAAGACUGAAGAUGACAAGGAAAUGUUGGACGGUCAAGUGAAUUUUUUGAAUUCAGUUAUUGUGGACAUGCAACGGAAAAAUGAGCAGCUAAUGGCGCGAGUACAAGCGCUAGAGGGAGCCACUGUGCCCAGCGAACCGACGCUCCUCAACGGGCGUAAGCCGCGCGCGGUGGCGCCGCGAUUGUUUUGCGACAUCUGCGAUAUAUUCGACGCGCACGACACCGAGGACUGUCCCAAGCAGGCCGUGACGCCGGACCAGGCGCCGCCCUCUACCGGUAACAAACAGAGACCUCCGCCGCGCCCCUACUGCGACAUUUGUGAAGUGUUUGGUCACUCAACGGAGAACUGUGAUGAAGAAGAGACCUUCUAAUAUUAAUAAUUUAUGUUGUUUUACCUCAAGUGUUACUUGUUGUUAUUUUAAUAUUAUUUAUUGUUUACCUAAGAAAUGGUAUUGUUUCAUCUCGUGAUGUUGAAUUGUUUGUAAAUAGAUAUUAUUGUACUUUAAGUUUUAAUCAUGCUGAUUUGAUCGAUUUUACCUAGGUGUUGGGAUGAUUUCAUAUACAUUAUUUAAUUAUAAUGUAUAAUGAGAAAUAAGACUGCAGGCACAAAAUAAUUCAUCACAAUCAUGGUUUUAAUAUUUAUUAUACGCCAUUUUAUGUACAGCAACACAUUACAGGUUUUUAAUAAAGUCAAAUUGAUUAUA